GGUUACGAUAAUAAAGUCAGUUCUUCCUUUCGUGCCGUGUCAGCGUGUUGUAAGAGAUUGACUGUGUUAUUUAUACGUUAUUUUUGUUGUGAUUUCGUCCUCUUCGACUUAAUUGCUCGAGCGUAUCCUACGGUUAUGUCGAAGUCAAACGGCAAGGCUCAAGAAAAUCGAAAUAGCGCUCCUGUACCGCAUGAACCAACCGUACAGAUUCUCAACAACGACUCUACGGACGAAAUCGUAGAUACAACACCAAUGUUGGACAUCGAUAUUGACCAACUAAAAGAUGAGUUGGGACUUGGCGAUAUUCAAAAUUCACUUAAAAUUUUAAGUGACAAAAUUAUUCAAAUGUCUAACGCAAAUCGCUCUACCGAAUCGGUAGCAGGGUCAAACUCAUCUGAGUCUUCACAGUUUGAUCCCUCUGGUGAUCUCGACAAUAUAAUCGACCCUCAAACUUCCAACGAAGUAGAUAUUGCAACACACGCACUUGACUCAAGUACGUUCUUGCCCUCUAUAUUUGAGGAAACCGAAUCUGUUGGCCCGGACGUUGCCGAUGCUAUUGCCCAGAGAAUAAAUGAUGCUGUAUCUAAGAAGCCACUUGAAACAAAGUUUAAAGAGCUUCAAGAUAAGUAUAAAACACCUAAGAAUUGCCAUUUGCUGUGUGUACCUCGAGUGAACCUCGAAUUAUGGCACGAUCUACCGCGUCACACCAAGUCUAAAGAUCUUGGACUUCAAGAAAUUCAGAAAAUUUUGGUCAAGUCGGCCCAACCAUUAAUAAAGCUUUUGGAUUCUGUCCUAAAGUCUAGGCUUGAAAACAAGCUGGUCGAGCCAUCUACUAUUCUUCCUAUGGUUGCUGAUGCAGUCACUCUAUUGGGCAAUGCCUCGAAGAGACGAGAAUUUCUCAGACCUGAUAUUGCACCUGCAUACCAAUCAGUGUGUAGUAAAUCUAAUCCCGUGUCAACUAAUUUAUUUGGUGAUGAGUUGCACAAGCACAUUAAAGAGAUUGGAGAAGUUAACAAAAUUGCUAGGAAAACCAUGUCUCGUACUGCUGGCGGGUCGAAGCAUAAUUUUGUCUACAAAAGUGGCAGUAGCAACACUCGAUACCAGCGUGGUGGACGUCGGGCUUUUUUAGGCUCAGAACGAGACUCAAAAGGUCCUUAUCUGGAAAGGAGGCCUUUCAUACACCAGCCUCAUCCAACUGCCCAGGUGUUCAAGGAAGCGAAAGAUCGUCCUUAACACAGUCUGCUACCUCAGGUUUUGAAGAAAGUUUGUGUCGAUCGAGCCUUGCUCUUACUAAUAGCACCCGUAUGGACCACGCAAACUUGGUAUCCUCUCCUUCUCCAGCUGUUGAUAGACACGCCAAUAUUGUUACCGAAAAAAGACAAUCUUCUCCAUCUACCUCAGAGCACAAUCCUUCAUCCCAUGAGAAAUCAUCUGGUUCUAGCCGCCUGGAAGUUAUCUGGAGAUCCCUUGAAAGUAGAGGCUUUUCUGAGCCGGCAGCCAAACUCAUUACCGCAUCGUGGUCACGAGGAACAGAUAAACAAUAUAACUCCGCAUGGAAAACAUGGUGUCGCUGGUGUGAACAAAGAAAAAUUGAUAUACUUCAAGCAUCUAUAAACGAAGUGCUAAAUUUCCUGUCUGAUGUUUUGAGAAAGGGAAAAGUUACAGCACUAUCAACACAUUCCGCUCUGCAUUGUCAACUUCAUUUUCUCCUAUCAAUGGAAUCGCAAUUGGAUCACAUCCUCUGGUAACCAGACUACUGAAAGGGAUUUACAAUCUCCGCACUCCAGCUCCUCGAUAUUCGACCACGUGGGAUGUAACUACGGUAACGAGUUAUUUAAGAACGUUGUUUCUUUUAGCGGAAUUAAGCUUAAAGAGCUUGACGUUAAAAACUGUUAUGCUUUGUUCUUUAUCAUCGGCUCAGCGAGAACAAACUUUAUGUGCUCUAGAUUUGAACAAUCAGAGGGUAUCUAAUAACUGUUUGAUUUUCAAUAUUACAGAACGUUUGAAGACUUCCAAACCUGGGAAGUCUAUACAAGUUAAAUUUGAGUGUCUACCUGAGGACCCCAAGA